AUGACCAAAAACAAUACAAAUGAAAAUAUUGACGAUGAAAGAUAUAGUCGUCUCACUGCACUAGAAAAUAUGGGAGUAGUGGAUGAUUAUUCUCUGAUUAUGAAAAAGACCAUUUUAGUUAUAGGUAUAGGCGGAGUCGGAUCUAUUGUUGUAGAGAUGCUGAUUAGAUCUGGAAUAGAGAAAUUGAUCAUAAUUGAUUUUGACAUUGUUGAGUUAUCUAAUAUGAACAGAAUGUUUUAUAAUAUGAGCCAUAUCGGUAUGUUUAAAACUGAUGCAUGCGCCGAUACUAUAAAGUUAAUAAACCCUAAAAUUAAUAUUCAAAAAUAUAAUAUAAACAUUGUACAAGAUUAUUCAAUUUUUUAUAAUAUCUUCAGAACAAAAAAUAUUGACUUAUUAGUUUCUUGCGUAGAUAACUAUUCUGCAAGAAGUACAAUCAGCCAAGUCUGCAAUGAGUUUGAUAUAGCAUGGUUUGAGUCUGGUAUCUCUGAGAACGCAAUUUCUGGCCAUAUUCAAUUCGUUAUCCCAGGGAUCACUGCAUGUUAUUGCUGUGCACCCCCUCUUAUUAAUUUUGAAAGUGAUUUUGGUGAAGAUAAAAUUACCUCUUUUAUGAUUAAUUCUGUAGAUGAUAAAAAUUCUAAUAGGUCAUCGUCCAGAACUUGCGCUGCAUCAUUAUCUACUACAACUAGUGUUAUUGCCGGAAUUUUAGUCAAUAAUAUUUUGAAAUAUUUUUUGAAAUUUGGAGAAAAUUCUAACUUUCUUGGUUAUCAUAUGAUCGAUGAUUAUUUUCCUAGAUAUUCAAUUGUUCCUAACAAAGAAUGUGUCGAUAAAUGGUGCCAGUUGCGUCAAAAAGAGAAAGAAUAUAUUAAAGACAAGCAAAUAAAAAAUAAAAAUCCAAAUGAAGAAAGAAUACCUGAAUCUAAUUUUUCAAAAAGUGAAAUGAACGAAAAUUAUUCUAAUUUUGAGGUCAUCGAAUCCAAUAUUCAUUUGGAAUCAUCUGAAAAAUUAUUCGAAAAUUUAAAUAACCUAUCCAUUUCUGAGCUUGUUGAUAAGCUCGAGGAAGUAUCAACUAAGCAAAAGCAGGCAUAG